AUGCUUCGGAAUGAGAGCAAGAUAGAGAUUGCUGCGCCGCCCGAAAAGGUGCGAGAAGUGCUCCUCAACUUCUCCGCUUACUCGGAAUGGCACACCGACUUCAUCAAGAGUGUCAAGAUCCAGGACGAGGCCAAGUCGGCAGAGUCCCUUGCGGAAGGAGACAAGGUUGAGUGCAACAUUGAAGGAUGGAAGUUCAUUGCAGAGAUCAGGGAAAACUCCAAAGACAUGUUCUCUUGGCAGGGUCCCCCCGUAUUGACCAUCGCCGGUCUGCAUCAGUUUCGCAUGGAGCCCACCAAGGACGGAUCAGCCACUGUCUUCACGCAGUCCGAGGAUCUCAAAGGUCCCUUGGCAUUCCUGAUGGGCCCAUCGCUGUUGGGCAAGAAGAUGGCUGCCCAUUUUGCCGAAUUCAACAGAGACCUCAAGGCUCGAGUAGAGGCUUUGUAA